AUUUAGCUUUUAAUUACUCCAUAACAUAAAAGAGAUUUUUUCUCCUGUGUGUAUUUCCUUUUCCUGACGCGCGCGCUCUCCAUCUGCCGCCUCUCUCCCCUCUUUCUUCUCCGGCGAGCUUUGUCGGUUCUCGCCGCCUCCGGCGCGUACCGUGGUGUUUUCCCCUUCCGUCCUUCCUACUUCUUCCCCUAAUUUUAUAUCCUUCACCCUACCUGAACCUCGCCUUCGUCACGCCACUAGUACUCAAAAACCCUUGCACAUCAAUCUGCAGUUUCAUCCGAUUCUCAUUUAGCUCACUCAGGCGACAGAAGCAGCGCUAGUAUUAUAGAUUUAGAAGAUAUAAGAUUGAAUCCUUCAGCUGCAUUAUAUUGGAAGAGCCAAGGAUAGAUUUAACUUGGAAUGGAUGUGAAAGAUGUGCUGGGCAAUAAUGACAUUGAUGAUGUCCGUUGGCUCUGUUCUUUAACCGACUCUGAACUUGAUCUGUUAAUUGGCUUAAAGAAUUUGGUAAAGAUGCGAGCUGAUAAAAUUGGCCAAGAAGCUUUGGCAAGGAAGUUCAACUUGCGUAUGCUGCGGACCUUCAGCUUCAUCUUUAUGGAACAUUUGAAAGGACAGUUAAAAGAUGUACCCCUGGCUUCCGGUAAUUUGUUUAAGCAAAACAUCACUGGUAGUUUCGCGAGAAUGACUGUUGAAGAUUUAUAUCCAUAUAUCUCUUCUUAUCAGAGGAAGAGAAUUAUUGACAGGUCUUUCCCGGAUAUCCCUCCCUCCCAAAAGCAAAAAACUAGUAACUGAAGCUCCAAAGAGACUUGUAUUACAAUUUCCUCACACUCGACCAGCCGUCAGCUUGAGCUCGUUGGUUGCCUGCUUCUUCUCAAUCGUCUUAAAUUUAACUAUAGGCACUAGAGGAGUACAUACACCUCCUUUAUGAAGCUCUAUGUGAUUGAAAAAAUUAAAAGAUCUGCUAUACGUUUUAGUUCCAUUCAUGUACUAUAUUAUUGUGUCGUAUAUUCUUGUAGUAUAUAAACAUUACUUCCCCCGGCUCAAUAAAAGUGGUUUGUAUUUUA